AUGGGUAAAAACUCCCAGGGCUCAGAUUUCCUGGGCUCAGACUCCCAGGCCUCAGACUCCCUGGACUCAGACUCCCUGGACUCAGACUCCCUGGACUCAGACUCCCUGGACUCAGACUCCCUGGACUCAGACUCCCUGGACUCAGACUCCCUGGACUCAGACUCCCAGGGCUCAGACUCCCUGGACUCAGACUCCCUGGACUCAGACUCCCUGGACUCAGACUCCCUGGACUCAGACUCCCUGGACUCAGACUCCCAGGACUCAGACUCCCUGGACUCAGACUCCCUGGACUCAGACUCCCUGGACUCAGACUCCCUGGACUCAGACUCCCAGGACUCAGACUCCCUGGACUCAGACUCCCUGGACUCAGACUCCCUGGACUCAGACUCCCUGGACUCAGACUCCCUGGACUCAGACUCCCAGGGCUCAGACUCCCUGGACUCAGACUCCCUGGACUCAGACUCCCAGGGCUCAGACUCCCUGGACUCAGACUCCCAGGGCUCAGACUCCCAGGACUCAGACUUCCUGGACUCAGACUCCCUGGACUCAGACUCCCAGGACUCAGACUCCCUGGACUCAGCGGCUCACAUAAACAAACCUGAUGCAGAGCACCAGGCGUCCAGAUACAACAAAAACAUUGCAUUCCUUCAUAUAUCUCUUCGGUCCAGCGUUGAGUUACCUCAUCAAUGGACGGGACCACAUCAAUGGCCGCCGGCACACCAUCAACCACGCCACCUCUUGAAUCAGAAGCGAUUGUCAAAACAUCAUAUUACUUCUCCUCCCUCAGGCCGGGGUCUGAAGGGUCCAAAUUAA